AUGGGGGACGAAGGAGCAGAGGGAAGAGCAGGGGUCAUGGUCACUGAUUACGAAUGGAGCGCGUGCUGUCAGCUGUCUAUCAGUGGUCACACGGCCAUGGGGGAGCGAUCAAGAGAGAUCGAUGGAGUGGAGGCGAAUGACGAUGCAGCUGCAAAUGAUGAAACAACAAGAGGCGCUUCUUCUGCUCACACUUCAACAGAAGGUCAAGGAUUGGCUCCUUCGUCCGGAUAUGACUAUGAAGUAUUUUUGAGCUUCAGAGGACCAGAUACUCGAGCAGCUUUUACCGACUUCCUCUACACUCGUAUGAAAGAUGCAGGAAUCCGCGUUUAUAAGGACGAUGAAGAGCUCCGCGUUGGGGAAGAGUUUGCCCCAGAACUUCUCCAAGCAGUUAAUCAAUCAAAGAUCUCAAUUCCUAUCUUUUCGAAAGGUUAUCCCUCCAGCGUAUGGUGUCUCAAGGAGGUAGCCCAGAUGGUCGAGUGCCAGAAAAUUAGUGGACAAAAGAUCAUGCCCAUUUUUUAUGAUGUGGCACCUUCAGAGGUUCGACAUCAAACUGGGGGCUAUGGAGAGGCCUUUCGUUCACAUAAAAACAAGAAGCGGCAUGAUGAAAAAACUAUGCAAGAGUGGAAGGAUGCUCUCACUGCAGUUGGGGCAAUAAACGGAUGGAACCUGCAUGGCAAGUGGGAGAACAGGCGAGAAGGAGAGUUUGCAAAAGCACUCACCGAGGAGGUUUUCCAAAAAUUGAAAAAGGCUUAUUUGGCGGUAUCAGAUCACUUGGUCAGUGUCGACAAUCACGUGGAUGCAAUCAUGAUAAUGAUGGGUGCUCAGACAAGUGAAACACGGAUUAUAGGAAUCCAUGGGAUGGGUGGCAUCGGGAAGACCACUAUUGCCAAAUUGAUCUACAAUAAGCUUUUACUCGACUUUGAGUAUCGUUGCUUUCUUGGCGAUAUUCGAGAAACGUCAAAACGUCAAGGCAUUCAAUUCUUACAGAAACAGCUCAUCCGUGAUAUCCUCAAAAUUGAUGGGAUUAAGAUCAUCAAAGAAAUGUUGUCUGAUAAAAGAGUCCUCCUCCUUCUCGAUGAUGUGGAUCGCACGGAACAUAUGGAUGCGCUUGUAGGAAACCAUGGUUGGUUUGGCAAAGGAAGUAAACUUAUUAUUACAACACGAAACAAACAGGUUCUCAACGUUCCCGAAGAGGAUCUUUAUGAGGUUGGCCUCAUGGAUCCCUAUCAAUCUCUUCAACUUUUUAGCAAACAUGCUUUCAGAAGAGAUUCUCCUUUGGAUGAGUACAUCAACCAAUCCAAGAGAGCGGUAGAAAUUGCUGGAGGUCUUCCGCUUGCUCUUGAGGUCAUUGGUUCACAUUUAGGUCGCGUUGGACAGGAUAAGGAUAUGUGGGACGCUGAAUUGGAGAAGCUUGAAAGAGUUCCUCAUGAUAAAGUUCAGAGUAAACUGAAAAUAAGCUUUGAUGCAUUAGAUUUUCGACAACAACAUAUGUUCUUCGAUAUAGCUUGUCUUUUCAUUGAAUAUGACAAAAACAUUCUGGUUCAUUUCUGGGAUGAAUCUAAUUUUUACCCGAAAGUAGACAUGAAAGUUUUGCGGAACAUGUCUUUGAUAAAGAUCAACGAGUAUAAUGAAGUGUGGAUGCACGACCAACUCAGAGACCUUGGAAGAGAAAUAAUUCUUAAAAAAAGUGGCAUGCAGAAGGAGAAGCAGAGUAGAGUGUGGGAUCCCGAAGAAGGAUUGGAUUUGCUCACGAGACAUAACGUAAAAUCAUCCCCCUCCCCCGUAUAA